AUCAACCGUUCAGACCAACCAGGUAGUUAAAGAUACUAUAGCAUGUUAAGACUGGUAAUAAGAGCAGCUCCAAGGGUGAAUGUAUUGAGAGCAGCUAUUUGCCGCCCACAAAUAUUAACUACUGUGCGUACCUACCAAGUUGCCACUGCCAAGACCGUCUUAAAGACCAGUUAUGAUUCAGUUGAAGAUUAUUCAAGUUACAAACAUAAUCUAUUCACUCACAGAUUACCUGAAUCCCUGGCAGAACAAUCAGCACCAUUAGUUGCAUUACAUUCUCGAUUGAACUUGCCUUCCACCUUUGCAUUAUCUACCUUAUCCCAAUGUCUUAACUUAUUAUUUAAAGAUGACGGAUUAGCUAACAAUUUUGGGUUAAAUACCUUGGGUAAGACCAUGUUGAGUUAUUAUGUCACUGAAUACUUGUUAAUUCACUACCCUCGAUUACCUAUGUCUGUCCAUAAUGCCGCUGUUGACUCUUUAAUGGGUACCAGUGCCUUGUAUGAAAUUGGUAAAUCAUGGGGGAUUACCGUUGAUACUACUUCCAAACUUGAUAAAUUUUUGGGGGAAGAAAAUGAAUUUUUAAAAUAUGGAAAGUUGAGAUACAUCAGUGAUGCCGAAAAGGAGAAAGUUAAAGAAACCGGUGUCGAAGAAUUAGUCGAUGGUGUAACUGAACAUUCUCGUGAAGCUGAAGCUUAUGCCUCCGCUGUAAGAGCUAUAAUUGGUGGAUUAUACACCCACUCUGGUGAAGAUACAGCAAAGAAAUUUAUAGAAGAUCAUAUCUUGUCCAGAAAAAUUCCAUUAGAUCAAAUGUUUCAAUUCUCGAAACCAAGUGCGGAAUUAGUUAGAUUAUGUGAUAAAUUAGGUUUUGACCAACCUAUUUCUAUAAGAUUAAUGGCCGAAACCGGUAGAGCUUCUAGUCAUCCACAAUAUCUUACCGGUGUUUUUGUUGGUACUGAAAAGUUAGGUGAAGCCAUUGGUUCUUCAUUGAAUGAAUCUAAAACCAGAGCUGUGAUUAACGCUUUAUUGGCAUACUACUUAUACUCACCUAUUAAUGCCCAAGGUGAUAAGAUUAAAGUACCUAGUGAAACAAAUUAUAAAUUUGAAGGUAUUAUUGGUAUUGGUGAUGUGGCUAUUUAAAUACACUUACUAUUUUGUACAUAGAUAUUAAUGAAUAUUAGUAAAUAUUAUUGACUAUUUUUUUUUGUUUACUUAGCACAAGCACCAUUUUGAGCACCAUCAUUUUGAGCGUCUUUAAGCUUGUGGUAACAUCUAACUUGAGCAGGAACAUCAUCCAUAUUCUUUAAUUGUUCACUGGCAGAAAAGCUCUUCAUAACACCAACAACACAAGAAUACUUGGUAGCAUCGGAGCUACAAUCGGUAGCAUUACCAUAAUCAACAAAGUCAAAACCACAUUGACUGGUUUGCCAAUCGUAUUCGACAUUGAAACAUUCAUUGAGUACACUAUCAGAAUCAUCUCUGGCGAAUAAUUUGUUCAUAUCACAGUUUUUGUAUGCGGAAUUGUCGUACUUGUGUCUGAAAUGACCAGUAUGUUUAGUCUUGUGGGUUUUCAUGUUAACGUGAACAAUUUCUCCCUUGUCAUUAAUAGUGGAAACAACAUCGUAGUACUCGGAACUUUCUGGUUGUUCAGCUUGUUUCAAAUUAUCCAAGACUAAAUUUGUUGGAGGUAAGAUUGCGAAUCCAGAUUCGUCAUGUAACAAUUGGAAUGCUUGGGAGCAUACAGCUAAGGCAGUAAUAGAAAGAAAUUUAACAGAGACCAUGUUCAGUUUUUUUACAAUAGGUU